AUGGCGCGGCAAAUGACGUCAUCUCAGUUCCACAAAUCAAAGACUCUCGACAACAAAUACAUGCUGGGAGAUGAAAUUGGUAAAGGUGCUUAUGGUCGUGUUUAUAAAGGUUUAGACUUGGAAAAUGGAGACUUUGUGGCUAUUAAACAAGUCUCAUUGGAGAAUAUUGUUCAAGAGGAUCUUAACACUAUCAUGCAAGAAAUUGAUCUGUUAAAGAACUUGAAUCAUAAAAACAUUGUGAAGUAUCUUGGAUCGUCGAAGACUAAGACUCACCUUCACAUUAUUCUGGAGUACGUUGAGAAUGGCUCUCUUGCAAACAUUAUUAAACCAAAUAAAUUUGGACCGUUCCCAGAAUCGUUGGUGGCUGUUUACAUUGCUCAGGUCUUGGAAGGUUUAGUAUAUCUACACGAGCAAGGUGUCAUACACCGUGAUAUCAAGGGUGCAAAUAUUUUGACGACAAAGGAGGGUCUUGUCAAGCUUGCUGACUUUGGAGUUGCCACUAAACUAAACGAGGCUGAUGUUAACACUCACUCAGUGGUUGGAACUCCUUACUGGAUGGCUCCUGAGGUUAUUGAAAUGUCUGGAGUUUGUGCCGCGUCUGACAUUUGGAGCGUUGGAUGUACUGUUAUCGAACUUCUUACUUGUGUACCUCCUUACUAUGAUCUGCAACCCAUGCCAGCCCUCUUUCGAAUUGUUCAGGAUGAUAACCCUCCUAUUCCCGAUAGUCUUUCUCCAGAUAUUACAGACUUCCUACGACAGUGCUUCAAGAAGGAUUCCAGGAAAAGGCCUGAUGCAAAGACACUGCUCUCUCACCCUUGGAUAAGGAACUCUAGACGAGCAUUGCAGUCAUCACUUCGGCAUAGUGGAACCAUCAAAUACAUGAAGGAAGCUGCUGCAAGUUCAGAGAAGGAUGAUGAAGGUAGUGAAGACGUAUCUGAUAGCCUUUCAGCAGAAAAAGUGGAGAUGUCAAAAACUGUAAGGUCUGAGAAAGACCAGCCUUCAUCCAGUGAUCUUGGUGAAGAAGGAAAUGAUAAUUCAGAAGAUGAUCUUAUGCCAGAUCAAGUUCCUACAUUUUCUAUCCAUGAGAAAUCCUCUCUUGAACCUGGUACUUGCAGUAUUUCUUUGGAUGCAAAGGGGACAUCUGAAGAUGUAUCAGAGUUUAAUGGGGAAUCUGAACAUGAUGAAAUCCCUGGGAAUCUUGAUACGGAAACUUCUGAAACUAGAAAAAGUACUUUAGCAACACAGCAGGUUGGAAAAGAAUGUUCCAUCCAGGUGGACCAGACAUCACAUAGUUUUAGCAUAAAAGGUGAAGAUCGUGGGCGCCGAAAGGCUGCGAAGACUCCUAGUGUUGGUGGGAAUGAACUGAGUAGAUUUAGUGAUCCUCCUGGGGAUGCUUCUUUGCAUGAUCUGUUUCAUCCAUUGGAUAAAGUUCCCGAGGGAAAACCAAAUGAAGCCUCAACGUCAGCGCCUACAUCAAAUGUCAACCAGGGUGAUUCUCCUGUCGCAGAUGGUGGAAAGAAUGAUCUGGCAACAAAAUUGAGGGCUACAAUUGCUCAGAAGCAAAUGGAAGGUGAAACAGGGCACUCAAAUGAUGGUGGUGAUCUUUUACGCUUAAUGAUGGGUGUCUUGAAAGAUGAUGUUAUUGACAUUGAUGGCUUGGUAUUUGAUGAAAAAGUCCCCGCAGAGAAUCUUUUUCCUCUGCAGGCGGUCGAGUUUAGCAGAUUGGUCAGCUCCUUAAGGCCAGAUGAAUCAGAAGAUGCAAUAGUAUCAUCCUGUCAGAAACUUGUUGCCAUGUUUCGUCAAAGACCUGAGCAGAAAGCAGUAUUUGUGACACAGCAUGGUUUCCUCCCGCUAAUGGAUCUACUUGAUAUCCCUAAAUCUCGAGUAAUUUGUGCCGUGCUGCAGCUGAUAAAUGAAGUUAUUAAAGAUAACACCGACUUCCAGGAAAAUGCUUGUCUUGUUGGUCUCAUUCCUGUGGUAAUGAGUUUUGCUGGUCCUGAGAGGGAUCGUUCUCGAGAAAUUCGUAAAGAAGCAGCUUACUUCUUGCAGCAGCUUUGUCAGUCAAGCUCUUUAACGUUGCAAAUGUUCAUAGCUUGCCGUGGAAUACCUGUUUUGGUGGGAUUUCUUGAAGCAGAUUAUGCCAAAUACAGGGAGAUGGUUCACUUAGCUAUUGAUGGGAUGUGGCAAGUAUUCAAACUCAAAAGAUCCACCCCAAGAAAUGAUUUCUGCCGUAUAGCUGCAAAAAAUGGAAUUCUUCUGAGGUUAAUCAACACCCUUUAUAGCUUGAAUGAGGCAACUCGACUGGCUUCUAUAUCAGGGGUCCCACUGAUUGUGGAUGGUCAAGCUCCACGAGCGCGUUCUGGUCAACUUGAUCCAAACAAUCCUAUUUUUAGUCAGCAUGAUGCUUCACUCAGUGUGAUUGAUCAGCCUGAUGUGUUGAAAACUAAGCAUGUGAGUGGUGAAGAGCCUUCUCAUGCUUCAACUUCAAAUUCUCAAAGAUCAGAUAUCCAUCAACCAGAUGUCUUGCAUCCAGAUGGUGAUAGGCCUAGAUUAAGCAGUGCCGCAGGAGAUGCCUCUACGUCAGGCACAGAAGAUAUCAGACAACAGCAUCGGAUAUCUCUCUCCGCCAAUAGGACAUCAACAGAUAAGCUUCAGAAGCUGGCGGAGGGUGCCUCUAAUGGUUUUCCUGUUACUCAGCCAGACCAAGUUCGACCUUUGCUUAGCUUGUUGGAGAAAGAACCUCCUUCAAGACAUUUUUCUGGUCAACUGGAUUAUGUAAAGCACAUCACUGGCAUAGAGAGACAUGAAAGUAGACUUCCCCUUUUGCAUGGAUCAAAUGAAAAGAAAACCAACGGAGACCUAGACUAUCUGAUGGCUGAAUUUGCAGAGGUCUCGGGACGUGGAAAGGAAAAUGGAAAUCUUGAUACUACGCUCAGAUAUCCCAGUAAAACAAUGACAAAGAAAGUUGUGGCUAUUGAAGGAGCCGCUUCUACGUCUGGGAUUGCGUCUCAGACAGCAUCUGGAGUACUGUCAGGUUCGGGUGUUCUAAAUGCUAGACCUGGAAGUGCCACAUCAUCUGGCUUACUUGCCCAUAUGGUCUCUACGCUGAGUGCAGAUGUUGCAAGGGAAUACUUGGAGAAAGUGGCUGAUCUGCUUCUUGAAUUUGCUCGAGCUGAUACGACAGUAAAAUCAUACAUGUGUAGCCAAAGCUUACUCAGUCGUCUUUUCCAGAUGUUCAACCGUGUAGAACCUCCAAUUCUGUUAAAGAUACUGGAGUGCACCAAUCAUUUAUCCACUGAUCCAAACUGCUUGGAGAAUCUUCAGCGUGCAGAUGCAAUUAAGCAUUUGAUCCCCAACCUUGAGCUUAAGGAUGGGAAUCUUGUUUAUCAGAUCCAUCAUGAGGUGCUUAGUGCACUAUUCAACCUGUGCAAGAUAAACAAGAGGAGGCAGGAACAAGCUGCUGAAAACGGAAUCAUUCCGCACCUGAUGCUCUUCAUCAUGUCGGAUUCUCCUCUGAAACAGUAUGCAUUGCCACUACUAUGUGAUAUGGCUCACGCAUCUCGGAAUUCAAGAGAGCAGUUAAGGGCCCACGGCGGUCUGGAUGUUUACCUGAGUUUGCUCGAUGAUGAAUAUUGGUCUGUGAUAGCCUUAGAUUCAAUUGCUGUAUGCUUGGCGCAAGACAAUGACAACCGCAAGGUGGAGCAGGCAUUGCUCAAGAAUGAUGCAAUCCAGAAAUUAGUUAACUUCUUCCAGAGCUGCCCAGAAAGACACUUUGUGCACAUAUUGGAGCCAUUCUUGAAGAUUAUUACGAAAUCAAUUCGAAUCAACAAGACAUUAGCUGUAAAUGGAUUGACUCCGUUGCUUAUUUCAAGGCUAGACCACCAAGAUGCGAUUGCUCGACUUAAUCUCCUGAAACUCAUCAAGGCUGUUUACGAGCACCAUCCAAAGCCAAAACAGCUGAUCGUAGAGAACGAUCUCCCUCAGAAGCUGCAGAAUCUGAUAGAAGAGCGACGUGAUGGACAACGAUCAGGAGGUCAAGUUCUGGUGAAGCAAAUGGCAACAUCGCUCCUCAAAGCACUUCACAUCAACACAGUCUUGUGA